GCCGCCCCGCGCUGGUGGCAGCGAUGCCCGCCCCGGCCCAGCACAGCACGCCCCUCCGGAACAGGAAGGUGGUCGAUUACUCACAGUUUCAGGAAUCAGAUGAUGCUGAUGAAGAUUAUGGAAGAGAUUCAGCUCCUCCAGCUAAGAAAAUCCGCUCAUCUCCUCGGGAGGCUAAAAAUAAGAGGCGGCCUGGAAAGAAUUCUCAAGAGGACAGUGAGGAUUCAGAGGAGAAAGAUGUGAAGACCAAGAAAGAUGAGUCUCAUUCAGCAGAUGAAGAUUUUGGCAGUGAGGACGAUGACUUAGAAGCAGAUGAUGGCAAAGCUGACAGUGACUAUGAGAGCUCUCAGAAAAACAAAAAAGGAAAAAAGGCCAAACCCGAAAAGAACAAGAGAGCCUCCAAAUCCAGGAAAAGGCCUGCAGAGGACAGUGAGGAUGAGAAAGAAGACCACAAAAAUGUGCGCCAGCAGCGGCAGGCAGCAUCUAAAGCAGCUUCCAAGCAACGGGAGAUGCUCAUGGAUGAUGUAGGCAGUGAGGAAGAGGAGCAGGAAGAUGAAGAGGCACAAUUCCAAGAGAAAGAUUCUGGCAGUGAUGAAGACUUUCUUGUGGAAGAUGAUGAUGAUAGCGACUAUGGCAGUUCAAAAAAGAAGAAUAAAAAGGUGGCCAAGAAAUCCAAGCCAGAGAGGAAAGAAAAGAAAAUGCCCAAGCCUAGGCUAAAGGCUACAGUGACGCCCAGUCCAGUGAAAGGCAAAGGGAAGGCAGGCCGGCCUCCGGGUUCAAAGGCAUCAAAAGAGAAGACUCCUUCCCCCAAAGAUGAGGAUGAGGAGCCUGAAAGUCCCCCGGAAAAGAAAAAGUCAGCCAGCCCUCCACCAGAGAAGUCGGGGGAUGAAGAGUCUGAAGAUGAAGCAGGCUCUGGUGAAGAUUAAAUGGAAGCUUGGAGAGAAUUUUGUUUAAAAAAAAAAAAAAAAAAAAGGAAAAGAAAACAUACUUAGGGGUAGAACACGGUUUUGGCUGUGGCUUGACUCAUGGGCUUUGAUUGCUGUCUUUUACUUUCAGCUGUUUAAUACAGUAUCCUUUUUUUAAAAGAGAAAACCCUUAUACAGUAGUAUUUUGAAAUCACUGUUCUCUAUUGGCCAUUCCAUUCUCCCUUACCCAAUCAAACAUGAAAGCCAUUUAAAACAAAUUAAUGGACCACUUAAAGAUUUUUUUUUUUUUUUGGAAUGGAUACUGCAGUUGUGAAGCAAUAAGAUUUAAGGCUGACACUCAGAAACCUUAAAUAAUCAGAUAGACUAGAGAUCCCAAAGUUUGAAGAGAGAUUUCAAAAUUCCAUUUCCUUAUUUGAAUACAGAGAAAAUAGCCACCUAAAUCUGUUGUCUAAUACAUUUCUGAUGAUGUAAGUUCCCUCGAAGAAUAAGUUAACACAAGUUCCAAUUGUGUAUUCCAGAUACACCUUAACAGCCCAUGUUUCUAAGCUGCUUGGGUUGAUGCAACCAUUUCAUAGACAGUGUACAGGGGACUUGAAAUAGAUAGCCAGUCCACUUUGUGACUUUCUUUGGAAAUGAUCCAUCUUACCAGGAUGCUAUACCCUUGCUUCUUUCUGGAUUGAAUUGUCCCUUUCAGCGUUUGUUUGGCUUUCAACCUCCAACCGGUCAGCUGUUCAUACUCAUUAUUCCUGUCAUUCUUCAAUGGCUGGAUGUAGUUUGGUAGAUUAUGGAAGAGAAAUUUAAAACAAAACACUUUUUAAAUCCUGGUUUCCUUAUGUUUUAUAGGGAUUUUCUUUUUGGAAUAAGUAGUGAAAGGAAAAAGUAAAGAUAAGCCUACAGAAGUUAGCUAUGUAGUGAGGGUGAGGCGCACUCUUUUAUAAAUGUGAAGGGAUGGAUUCCUGGUAAGCCGCAGUCAGUCUCAGAUCCCAUGAGUCAUGCUUAAGUGUUUCUCUUCUCUCCUCUCCCAUCAUCUGUCUGCAGAAAGGCUAUGUAGUCAACCUCAGCCUAUCCAGCUGCAGUGUUGGAUGGUCGAUUCCUACCAGUCUAGAACAUAGCCCCACUACCACUUCAUUUCUUCUCCCUUCUUGCCCACAGUAGGGGAGUGUUGUUCAUGCUGUUCCCACACGGUUGUGUUUGCUCUUUACUGUUGGUCAAUGUUCUUCUCCCAAAGUAAAAAAAAAAAAAAGAGAAAAAAGGAAAAAAAAAUUCCUGAGGUGGGAGGAACCAGAGGACUACUUGGAUGCAGGUGGGAGGGAGCAAGGAUUUAGUGUCAGUGCAGCAGGGCUAUGGUGUGCAACAAGCAAGAUGUUUCCACCAAAUGCAGGGCACUUGAAGUGUAUGCAGUGGCAUUGAGAUGCUUUUAACAAAGCAGCCAUAUCUCCCCCUCUUUUUUUGUAUUAAAUCUAUACAAAUAAACAGGCUUUUGGUCUUCAAACCUU